AUGUCUGAAAGAGGUAAAGGCGGUAAAGGACUCCGGGAAAGGGAGGCGCUAAAAAGCGUGCAUCGCAAGGUUCUGCGGGAUGACAUCCAGGGCAUCGCCAAACCCGCCGUAAAUCGUCUCGCUCGCCGCAGUGGAGUCAAGCGUAUCUCUGGUCCUGAUCUACGAGGAGAGACGCCGCGGUGUGCUGAAAGAGUGUUCCUGGAGGCAGCUGAUCCGCGAUGCUGGCGGCCUACACCAGGCACGCCAAGAGAAAGACCGUCACCGCCAUGGACGUCACGUGCUUACGCGCUGAAACGACAGGGACGCAAUUCCUGGCGCGGCUUCGGAGGAUAA